GGGGCAGAGGAGAGGGGACGCUCCGACUUCUUCAGUCUGUCUCUUUCUUUCACUGAUUUAGCGGAGGUGGAGAUUUUCAAUCCCACCCAGUCAGACGCAGGCAGGAGGAUCUGGUAAGACUAUCCCAGGAAAAGCCACUCGGAGGAAAUUCUCAGAGGCAGCGGCAGCGGCGGCGGCGGCGGCUGCAGCCCCAGCAUGAGGGUGAAGAAGUGAUAAGUAUCUCACUGAAAUACUGAAAAAAACCCCAAACCCCUGUUUGAAUUCGCUCUUUGAGGACUUCAGAAUGGAAGCCUUGUGUUUAAGAGUUUCCUUGCUGCUGCUGGUUCCCGGAUUUGUCCUCAGUGACAGCUCUGACAGAUACGAUGCCAAUCGGAGUGACUUGGAAAACCACCUUUCCACUUUCUCAGGGAUCGAAUCCAGCUUACUCCUCACCACCGUGCAGCCCCCUGUGUCCAACCAAACUGUCAAGUGCUCCCAGCAGACCAAGAUUGCUGAAACUUUUAAAUACAUUAACACAGUGGUAUCUUGUGCUAUUUUCAUCGUUGGAAUGGUUGGGAAUGCAACUCUGCUGAGGAUCAUUUACCAGAACAAGUGUAUGAGGAAUGGCCCGAACGCACUGAUAGCCAGCCUCGCACUGGGAGACCUUAUCUAUAUUGUCAUCGAUAUCCCUAUCAUUGUGUACAAGCUCCUUGCUCAGAAGUGGCCUUUUGGAGAUACGGAUUUUGGACAGUUUCUUUGCAAAUUCCUUCCCUUCAUCCAGAAGGCAUCAGUGGGAAUCACAGUCCUUAACCUCUGUGCCCUAAGCGUGGACAGGUACAGAGCAGUUGCCUCCUGGAGCCGUGUUCAGGGAAUUGGAAUCCCUAUGAUCACUGCUAUUGAAAUCUUCUCCAUUUGGCUUCUGUCCUUCAUACUGGCUAUCCCAGAAGCAAUUGGUUUUGCUGUGGUACCUUUCAGAUACAAGGAUGAAAGUUAUGUCACCUGCAUGCUCAAGCCUACAAAUAAUUUUAUGUUGUUUUACAAAGAUGCAAAGGAUUGGUGGCUGUUUGGUUUCUAUUUCUGCAUGCCACUGAUGUGCACUGCCAUCUUUUACACGCUAAUGACUUGUGAAAUGUUAAACAGAAGAAACAGCAACUUGAGAAUUGCUCUCAGCGAACACCUGAAGCAGCGUCGAGAAGUUGCAAAGACAGUUUUCUGUUUAGUCGUGAUUUUUGCUCUUUGCUGGUUCCCUCUCCAUUUGAGCCGAAUUUUGAAGAAAAUGGUAUACAAUGAAAAAGACCCCAGCAGAUGUGAACUGCUCAGUUUCUUGCUGCCUUUGGAUUAUAUCAGCAUCAACCUGGCAACCAUGAACUCUUGUAUAAACCCCAUAGCUCUGUAUUUUGUGAGCAAGAAGUUUAAAAACUGUUUCCAGUCAUGUCUUUGCUGUUGCUGCUCCCAAUCUAAGAGUCUGGUGACUUCAGUGCCCAUGAAUGGAACAAGCAUUCAAUGGAAAAAUCAAGAACUAAACAAUCACAAUACAGAUCGAAGCAGCCAUAAAGACAGCAUAAACUGAAAAUUAAGGACUAUCAUACCAUUUUGCAAUGAAACAGGAAAAAAAAAAGUCACUACAAAGCUAUUGCAACAAGAAGCCCAGUGACUGUUCCAUAAUAAUUCAGAUAUGUGCACCAUUGUACCUAAUUCUAGAAGUGACUGAGUAGGCGGACUGAUUAUAACUAUGAUUUUCUGUGAACUGAGAUCCACUGGAUGGUGAUUCUGCAUUUGGAAAUGAUAUUUAUGGGAUUAUGACACCCAAAAACUGGCUUGAACUGCACAGGUGGUUUGCUCUUCUGAACCAGGCAGGAACUGUCCAGUGUCCGUGACUGGUACAAUACAUUUUGCCUGAUUGUCACCUAGAAUUAAUCACUUUGGAAUUUUUUCAGAAGAUAUCAAAAUGGAAUCUGUCUGUGACUAUAUUUUAUCUCUGCCCAUUUGUCUUUUUUAACUUUUAUUUGUGUGGUGGAUAUAUUCCAUGCACCGGUAUGUUUUGCAUGUUGUUGUUGUUGCUGUUUUUCAGGUGUUAUGUUCGAAAAUGUUUUAGUCCACACCAGCAUUUUAUUUACUUAUGUUACAGUGGGUCAGGACAUUAGCUGGGCAGUUCACAUUUGUAGCACUUCAGUAUUCAAAUAUAGGAAGAGACCAUUUAAAUAGCAUCAACAUUUGGCACUUAAGCACAGAUUAAUACCAAAAAAAGAGGUAUUAAUAAUACAGUACUAUACUGUGUUAUUUAUUGUAAUGCUCUGUACAAAAUAAACAUAAUCUGUAACAGCAAAAAUAAUGAAAGAUGCUCACAGAGGGCAAUGUGUUUUUAAUUAACUUGCCAUGUUAAUUCUUAAACUAUAUGAACCUUUUAAUCUCUUUAGACUACAGCUGCAUUAAGUCUAAGUUCAAAUAAUGGUCAGUGGAACAGAGUGAAGCAUUAUAAAAGCUGUCCAAAGAGUUCUGAGAAUACAGCUAUUAUCAGAGCAACUAUGCAUAACACUACUACUUAAAUAUUGUGAACAUGAGGUUAUAGUCUUAGUGAAUGUAGAACUGUGGAAGUCCAUAAGAGCUGGAUGUGCAGAAGGGUAUUUUGUGCCUUAUUGCUUACAGAGUUAUUUAUCUACACAAUGUUCAAAGAUUUUAAGAGGGUUUUAUAUGUUAUCGGCAUUGUUAAACAUACAAAAUGCUAUUAAUAAGAUAUAGAAGCUAUUGCUUGCAUACAUGUAAACUGAUGAGUUCCUUAGUACUUCCAUCCAUUAAGACUACAUGGCAAGAGAUUCCUUUGUUUGCCUAUUAAAAAUAAAAAUUUUUAAUAGGUAGCCUUUCACUAAAAAGUGGAAUUAAGUAGCGUGAUGUCAUAUAUAAUAUGUCUCAUGCACAAAUCUGCUAGGCAAUUCACAGCAUCCUUUGUGCUAGGCUAAGAGGUAGUAAUCAAAAUUCCACAAAUUCUUAAACAUCUGUUUCAUUUCAAGGGAAAGAUAUAAUCCUGCAUAUUUUUAUUUAAGAGGUCAAAAUGCUAGCACCUACAGUGACUUCUGCUGCACAAGUUCCCCCAAUGUUUACAUUCACACCAAUUUUCAAAGGUAUAUUUAAAGAAAGGUUCUUUAAGUUGGUUUAUGUAUUUUUGUGCUUUUGUCUCUGUGACAUAUAUGCGUGUAUAAAUACAUAUAAAUCUAUGUUCAUAUGUUAUAAACCUAAAUACAGUCUUCUGACAGUGCUCUGUGGUAGUGCCUAAGAGCAUGGUAUGGAAUGAGACUCGGCUGACUUUUACUCAAAACACUUCAUCCUCAAACUGUAUCAAAAAUCAUAGUAAAUGAGUAAAAAA